GCCCUACGCGGUGGUGGCGCUGCAUGACAACCCGCAUGCAGCCGAGCACCCCGCUGCGGCUGCUGCGGCUGCUGCUGCCACCGCCACCCCUGCUGCACCGGUUGUGCUCGUGGAGCCUCAGCUGCGGGCGCUGUUCCGUGUGAGCCCCGCCACUCCCGAGUACGCGGCGCAGGUGGCGGCGCUGCCAGAGGUGUGGGUGGGUCCCCGAGAGGCGCUGCUGUCACUGGCGGGCCGCAUGUGCACCGCCAUGGCACUCAACUUCAGGUGCCAGGGGCUGGACGUACCACCCUGGCGGCGGCGCCAGGCGGUUCUCUCCAGGUGGGCUGCCCAGCACUGCCACGACAACAUCUGCUGCACCCCCAACCCUACACCGCUGCCGCCGCCGCAGCCGCUGCCGUCGGAGCAGCGGGAGCAGGGGCAGACCCCUCCGGAGCCGCCAACCGGCAACGCCGCGGCUGCAAGCGCCUUGCUGUGCGGGGACCACCACCACCGCUUGCUUCCGCACCCCUGCACUGUUUCCGAGCGGCAGCAACAGCAGCUGCCUGUCGGUCACUGCAAGCGUGAUGAUGGUGCGGAGCGGCGGCGGGGGCAGGCUGGCCAGGUGGGCUGCGUAGGGACGGGCAGGACGACCAGCCACAUCCACCCCAGCCAUGCUGCUGUUCCCACUCAAGGGCAGGGGACCGCCCGCAACAGCGCUGGCGGCGGCAGCGGCAGCGGCGGCGGUGGUGACACACCGAUGUGUAUCAUCGGGUCCUGGCCGGCGGACCUGCGACAUCACGGACGCGGCCGCCUGCCCCGGCCCCAUGCAAGCCAGGAGCAUGCUGCCGCUGCUUCUGGCGCUGCCGUACAGCCCCUGCUGCUGGUUUCGGGCAACGCUGUUGCCGGGAGCUACUACUCCGGUGGCGCUCAGAAGGGUCGUGGUCCUUGGGUAGGUGGCGAGGAAGAAAGGGGCAACGGCAUGGCAGCAGCGGCAGCAGCAGAAGCAGAAGCAGCAGCAGCAGCGGAAGCCCCCGAGAAUGAGGAAGAACCCAGCGGCGGAGCAGCAUUGCUUGGCCAUCGGAGUGGGAAGGAGCGGAUCGUCAAGCUGUGCGGAGGAGGAGGAGGAGGAGAUGGUGAUGCGGACGACGAGCUGGUGACCCGCGGGUCGCCCAUGGGUCGGUGCUGCAGCAGUGGUCAGGCGCCCGCUGUAGUGGUGUACGGCUUUGACUUGCCGUACCCGGCACGUGCGGGUUAGGAAAGGGCGUGAAUAAUGAGUGAGAUGUUGACGAUGUUUGCAGGUUUUUAAAUGCGCUGUUGUACAAAGAACCUGACUAUCUGAUAGGACAACAUACGGAGUGGCCGUUAGCCGUUAGCCAUACAGGUUUCCGUACAAAGGGGUCCGUCGCCAUUUGGUAUUUACAUUUUGUCAGCAGGUUGUCUUGGCACACACCUAGCUGCCCACUCGGCCUAAAACUGCAAAACAACAACAGGAGUGCCGCGCUACAGGCACAUACGGUAUAUCCGAACGGCAGGUGCGGGCAUGUCACAUGUGGGUUGCAGCCCUCUCCUAGUUAUUACAUGUUAGCAGGCAUGUCCUGGGGGGCUCUAAUGUUGGCACGUGGUUGGUUGUGGCAAACCAUAUUCAUAUUGUUGACAAUACGGCAAAGGCUCCCACCGCAGGUAGCAGGGAUUAGGUACGGUUGUAGGCGGUAUCAGGCUCUGUAGGUAGGUAGGUAGGAUGCUGACAGGGUCUUUGCUUACGGUACAUAGUCUACAUACCCAGACGUGCCGCUCUGCAAGUUGAGUGCAGUUUGAGCAGAAGCCGCAUGGUCGCAAAACACGUAUCCAUGUUGAAAAACGUGUUGAGCAGGUUGUUAUCACUUAUCAGGGCUGUGGCUGCAUAGGA